GGCGCCAUGGUGGUGGCUGAGCACGUACCAGCCUAAGCCUAAGGCUAGCCUGGCUCUCCUGAAUGUGAGGCUCUCCUGAAUCUGAGGCUGAGGAGCUUAGGAAUCUAAUGGGUUUUUCACUCGAGGGCCCACCUGGAGGGGGUUGUUCGUUGGCGCCUGCUGGCCGGCCUGUUACUGGCUUAUCCCUGAGGUGCACAGCCGUCAAGUACGGCUCUCUGUGCCUGGGUUCCUCUUCCCAACUGAGCAAGGAGUGGCACUCCGGCACCACCAAUGGGGUCCUUCUUCAGUUCAAAUGCGCACACCGAGGCCCCUCCUGAGGAGACGCCAGGAGCGGAAAGUGGUCAGCCCCUACCUAGCACAGCGACCGGCGCCGAAGUGCGUCCUCAGAAACGUUAUAGAGUGGAGGAAGAUACAAUUAUCUCACCAAAGAAAGUAAAGCCGUCACAUUUGGACCUGUCAAAGUACAAGCUGAAGGAGCUAGCAUUUGGGUCUCAGGGGGAGGAGGCGACAAAGCUCCCAAAGCAGGUUGAAGACGUUUCGCAGGAGGGGGCACCCGUCGACUUGGCGAGAACGUAUGUCUGGUAUGCAUCCUAUGGAAGCAACCUCCUGGAGGAGCGAUUUAUGUGCUAUGUGAAGGGAGGCAAGACAGAGUCCAUGGCCAUGUCUCUAGCCCCCUGCUCGGACCCCACCCCUCCCACCGCAAUCGACGCGUUUGUCGUCCCUCACCGGCUGUUCUUUGCGCACGAGAAAUCUGUCACGUGGGGCGCCGGAGGGGUGUCUUUCAUCACCUCAAAGGAAACCCCAGACUCCAAGACCAUCAUCCGGGCGUAUCGCGUAACGCUCCAGCAAUUCAAUGAGGUCGCUCGGAAGGAGAACUCCGCAUCUGCACCCGUCGGAAGCGUCUGUGUCAGCCCGGAGAAUCUGGUCCAGCUGCGCGCGCGCGACGAAAAGAGCCUCAAGCACAACGCCCUUGACUGCGUGAUUCAGAAAGGCAAGUACCGGACGGUCAAGUACUUGGGCGACUACCAGGGGGAGCCCGUGCUGACCUUCACGGCCUCGCACCAAGAGCAGGAGGAGAUUGCGAGCGGCCACGUGCCCCUCGUUUCCCCCUCGGACAAGUACCGCGCGUGCAUCGUCCAGGGACUUGUCGAGGUCGGGCUCUCGCGGGAGGACGCGGAGACGUAUGUCGAGGUGCGGGCGUCAACCCCGCUUUCGGAAACGACGGGUUAAAGGCCAGCAGGUAAAGGUAGACAAGGGCGCAGGUGCUGUAUAAAAUCUGUGUAGUGUCUUGGUUAGGAAUUUGUUUUAGUUCUGGAAAUUAAUGUUGGCCAUGGGUGAUGCCAGGGUUAUUAGCCGACGAGCGUUGCUGUGCGUGUCGUUUAGGGAUUUGGGGAUGUUUGAUAGUCCUCAAGGAGUGCUUAAGGUGAGAAAGGGUACAAAUGGGCGGGAAAGACGAGCGUGAAUGAAGAAGGGAGCCGAGGCCACUUGAACAACAACUCGUAGCAACAGACGCGGUCUGAACGGGCGGGCUCCGUGUCUCAUUGGUGAACACAUUAGAGCUUCCACCUCUGCCCUGUGGAGUAAGGGACACGACGUGGGGUCUAGAACGCUCUUGAGAAGGCACUGUAGAGGAGUCGGAUCGUCCUGGAAACUUUGAGGAAAACACUUCGUUUUCAGCCAGCUUCUUGAUGUAAUUUAUGCAACUUAGCCUGGGGUUGACUACGCUAUUGAAGAGACCUAUUGAGAUCCUGCAGGCUAGCUAUCAGUUUUGCAUGGUAUUGACAAGGAAUUAUUGAUAGCUUGCAGAAUAGCGGUCAGUCAAACUUCCUAGGGCUAUGAGCCUGGUGGUGCUUCUUUAUGAAGGUCGGUAGUUGAGUCGAUUGGAUCAGCUAUAGGUAAGGUAAACAUGAAAGAAGGGCGAUGAAGCUACCGCGUACUCGCCAUGCAAACCACUAAACAACCGGCUUCCUAUGUUUACCCUGAUUUCGGCUACGCAAGCGAAUAAAGCUCCAAAUGGUGAGUGAUUG